ACUAUUCAAGCUGACACUUUAUUUAGUGUAGUAGAAAAGGGAGGAGCCGAGGUGUCCGUUUAAACACCACGACCCACUCACUCUUUGACACUGUCUAUCUUAGUUUUUUCUUUCCUUUAUAGAUAUUGUUCAUUCGUGUUUUAGUUCAAACUAAGUCAUGUAUAGGUAUCUGGGGGAGCUCGUCACACGCGCAGCCGCCAGCGGCUCGCUGGCCUCGGGAUGCGUCGAUUCCGCCCUGCCCGCUUCCGCGACUCUCAUGCGGGUCCGCCGUUACAGCGAAGCCGUAGGAGAGAAAGACGAUGACCCUAACUUCUUUAGGAUGGUCGAGGGUUUCUUCGACCGCGGAGCUUCUAUCGUGGAGGAUAAACUCGUGCACGAUCUCAAGACGAGAGAAACUCCCGAGCAGAAGAGGCACCGAGUCCGAGGGAUCCUCAAAAUCAUUAAGCCCUGCAACCACGUCCUGUCAGUGUCAUUCCCCAUCAAAAGAGACAACGGGGAGUGGGACGUGAUCGAAGGCUACAGAGCUCAACACAGCCAGCACAGGACCCCGUGUAAAGGAGGUAUCCGUUAUAGCACAGAGGUGUCAGUCGACGAGGUGAAAGCCCUCGCCUCACUAAUGACAUACAAAUGUGCAGUUGUAGAUGUGCCUUUUGGAGGAGCUAAAGCUGGAGUGAAAAUUAACCCAAAGAAUUACUCCGACACAGAACUGGAGAAGAUCACACGAAGGUUUACCAUUGAGUUGGCUAAAAAGGGCUUCAUUGGGCCUGGCAUUGAUGUCCCCGCCCCAGAUAUGAGCACAGGAGAAAGGGAAAUGUCCUGGAUUGCUGACACAUAUGCUAACACAAUGGGCCAUAAUGAUAUCAAUGCUUAUGCCUGUGUUACCGGUAAGCCCAUCAGCCAGGGUGGCAUCCAUGGUCGUAUAUCUGCCACUGGUCGUGGAGUCUUCCAUGGCAUCGAAAACUUUGUCAAUGAGGCUGCUUACAUGAGCCAGCUGGGCCUGAAUCCUGGGUUUGGAGACAAGACGUUUGUCAUUCAGGGUUUUGGUAAUGUGGGCCUGCACUCCAUGCGUUAUCUGCACCGUAACGGAGCAAAGUGUGUGGGUGUCGGAGAGCUGGACGGAAGCAUCUGGAACCCUAACGGCAUUGAUCCCAAAGAGCUGGAAGACUAUAAGCUGGCCAAUGGCACAAUUGUUGGAUUCCCCAAUGCCUCCCCAUAUGAAGGCAGCAUCUUGGAAGCCGAGUGUCAUAUCCUGAUCCCUGCUGCAAGUGAAAAACAGCUUACAAAGAAAAACGCCAACAAUAUCAAAGCCAAGAUCAUUGCUGAAGGAGCCAACGGUCCCACUACACCUGAGGCAGACAAGAUAUUCCUGGAGAGGAAUAUUAUGGUGAUCCCUGACAUGUACCUGAAUGCUGGAGGUGUGACGGUCUCCUACUUUGAGUGGCUGAAGAACCUUAACCACGUCAGUUAUGGCAGACUGACCUUCAAAUACGAAAGGGACUCAAACUACCAUCUCCUAAUGUCUGUCCAGGAGAGUCUGGAAAGGAAGUUUGGGAAACAUGGUGGAGCCAUACCUAUUGUUCCCACAUCGGAAUUUCAAGACAGAAUUGCUGGAGCUUCUGAAAAGGAUAUUGUGCAUUCUGGUUUGGCUUACACAAUGGAGAGAUCUGCCAGACAAAUCAUGCGCACAGCCAACAGGUAUAACCUUGGGCUGGACCUGAGGACAUCUGCCUACGUCAAUGCCAUUGAGAAAGUCUUCAAAGUCUACCACGAUGCUGGCCUUACCUUUACAUAGACGGUUGUAUAAUUCACCUGACUCUGUAUACCUAAGUCUGCACAGACCUGAGUUAUAUCACUUAAGCCCACAGCUCCUCACGUUUACAUUUUAUACGUUCAAAUGUAUGUUAUAUCAUUUAUGCAUGUGGUUAUGGUUAGCAAUAGGCAACUUUAGAAGCAUCUAUUCUUGUGUAGUUCAUCAUCUUUUCAAAUAUUCAUGGCUUUUAGAAAAGCCUAUAAGCCAAAGUCCCUUUAAUUCAUAUCUCAGAGCAUAGCUGGAAUGCCUUGCCAGGAAACACCAAAAAUGUAGAGCUACAUUAUUUCAAAUCUUUGUCAUUUUUUCCUCAGGCCUUGUGUUAAUGAAGUAGAUGUUAAAAAACAUUAAGCUUUAUGGCCGUACUACACGGGUCAAUUUGGAAACGGAUGCAGGAUGAAUCUCAGGCUUUUUGUAUUUUAUUAAAAUAUUGCACAUAAAUAUCUGGUUUUGCUGCUCUUUGUAAAAGUUUUCAGUGAUAACCCAACGCCUUCCUUUAUAAAAUAAAAAAAAAAAGUUAUUGACCUUAUUGGUAAAUGUGUUUAAUUUCUUAACAAUAUGCAAAUGGUAGGGUAUAUAUUCAGGAGCAAAUGUUUAUUUUCUUCAUCUUAACAUUUAGAAUUGGCCUUAGAAAAAUAAAGACUUUGUAUUGCCUUUUUACAAUUGUCUAAAAUUAAUAAAAUAUAUAAGAAAAUG